AUAAUUUCUUUGGGCAAACGACAAGACAGAGACGGGGAAGAGUCAAUUUUCUCAGCUUCCCCCCAACUCCACCACUGGCUUAAUGCAAAGAAGGAAGAGCGUUGCUUCUCAUCCAAACAACUCUCUCUCUCUCUCUCUCUCUCUGGUUCUGAUCUCAGUUUCGGUCCUCCUUUCCUUUAUCCUCACAUGUAUUUUCUAGGGCAGCAACCAAAUUGAGGACUUCAACUUGCACAAAUAGUUCAACUGUAACAUGGAUAAGAAUGCUACUGUUGAAGAGGCAGAGGGUUUGAUAAAUGGUCUUGAAUUGGUGAGAUCAGUUUCGGAUAAGCAUUCUGAUCUUUUGAGGCCAUCUGCUCGACAUUAUUCAGUAUCGAAAGGGCAAGCAGCAGAUGCUGCAGGGCGUGAAAAAGGCAAGUAUACUCUUUUUAAAGAUGUAGAGGACACUCAACUGGGCCUUUAUGAUAAGCCUCUUCCAUGCUUCGGGUGUGGGAUAGGAUGGUUUUCUUUUCUUUUAGGAUUUGUGUUCCCACUGAUGUGGUACUACGGCACAUUUCUGUAUUUUGGAAACCAUUACCGCAAGGAUCCUAGAGAAAGAGCUGGACUUGCUGCUUCUGCCAUUGCUGUCAGUAGUCACCUCUCUCUCUCUCUCUCUCUCUACUCUUCACAGAACCUUUUUUGCUCUACAAUUGAGCAUUCAACUGUAUUUUGGUAUCUCAGAAAAUUUGAGUAACAUCAUCAUCAGUGCAUCGCCUUCUGAUUCAAUCCUCAUUGUUGUUGCAGGCAAUGGCAUGCUCUCUUGUUUUGUUUGUAAUCAUGGUUGCUGUUCUUCUAUUCUAGCCUCCCCAUCAAAAAGGAGUGGAAUUGGAUGUGCGUGUCUGUAAAUUUUCAUUUAGUAAUUUUUGCGGCAAAAAAGCGAAGGAAAAUUGCCUCUACAGUGUUACAAAAAUCCUAGGUACCUGUUUAGUUGUAGGAAACAAUUUUAAUUUUUCAUUUCCAAUUUAUCAAAGAAUUACAAAUAAAUGUCACCUUAUUUUUGUCUUUACAUUUGCAUAUGAAGCUUGAAAACCUUCUUUUCCCUUAGUUCUACGUAUAAAUGUUAAAAACCUGAAAAAUAAGGUGACAUGUUUAUAAUUCUUGAAAUAAAAAUUAAAAAUUGUUUCCACAAAUGAACAGAGACCCCUACAUGUUUACAAUACAAAGCAUGUGUGAUUUAAGAAGUCAUUCUCCUCUGUUACCACUUGUUGGGCACUCAUGAACUUAUGGAUAUAUUAUAGAGAGAUUGUUUUUUUGAAGAA